AGUAACUCAUGCCUCUCUUCCAGGUGACCAGACUUUAAGAAUUUGGGAUGCUAAAGCGCCAAGGGUCCCAGUAGUAAUUCCAGCUCACCAGGCUGAGAUUUUAAGUUGUGACUGGUGCAAGUAUGAUCAGAACUUGCUGGUAACAGGUGCUGUUGACUGCAGUUUGAAAGGUUGGGAUUUGAGAAAUAUCCGGCAACCAGUAUUCAAUCUCUUUGGCCAUACUUAUGCUGUAAGAAGAGUAAAGUUUUCACCAUUUCACGCCACUGUAUUGGUAUCCUGUUCCUAUGAUUUUACUGUGAGAAUCUGGGAUUUCUCCAAGGUCGACCCUCUGCUUGAAACUGUGGAACAUCAUACUGAAUUUACUUGUGGCCUGGAUUUGAGCUUGCACCAUCCUGGUCAGGUGGCAGACUGUGCUUGGGAUGAGACAGUGAAGAUCUAUAGCCCUUCUUCAUUGGUAAUUUCUGCAUAGAAUGAUAUACUCCAUGGAAGACAGCAAAUCUGGAAGGAAUCGCUUCCAGUUUCCCAGGGCAGAACAGUCACAGGAUGUACUGGAAUCUUGAUCACCUUAUUUCUUAAAAUGUAAUUUCAUCUUUUAAAUGAAGACAUGCUGUUAAGGUUAAGAGCAAGUUCAAAUAGCUUCUUCUGUAAAACUACAUUGGGGGGACAGCAGAAAAAUUAUGUGCUGUGGAGAUGGAUAGAUGAGGAGGAAGGCAAAAACACUGGCAGUCUUCUCUGUGGGUAUAAGGGGCAUGUGAGAAGCAAUCACAUAAAUAUUGGGUGCUUUAAACCAAGUGUCCUACAUCUGCCGUAGGAAAAGAAAUGCAAAUGGUGCUGUUUUGACCUCUCAUCUCUGUUAAAAUGUGGUGUUUAUGACACGGUCGCAUUGCAUCAAUCUAUAUAUAUAAAGCAUUCAUUUGAUUUCACUGUGGAUACAUUUUGUCAUUGACCCUCCAUUAUAACAUGGUGCGUACUGCUGAUGAACAGUAAGUUACACACCAUUAUCUAACUGCUUCAUUCAACUUCUGUUUAUUUGUUUUAGUCAGGAAGAAAUAUUAUCAACAACCUUUUUUUGUCGAUGAGCCAACCACAUCAUGUUACAGAUAACCUUAGGAUUCAAGCCAUUACAUUUUGAGGUUCAAUUCAUAUUCAGCUGUGACUGAAAUAGCUUUCAUAACCCCUUAAAGACAAAAUUCUGGUUCCUGCAAGGCACCACAAGGGAAGGACCCAAAGAGGUAAUGGGGCGGCACCCCCUGCAUUCCUGGGGGGUGGAGAUAAGUUGGUGGGUGGAAAGUCGGCUGAGGGUGGGGAAGCAGCCAUCUUGACUCUCUUGCCAAGCCAUGAGCUGUGGCAGGACUUCCCAAGACAGUUGAGUGGGUAGUUUUCCAGAUGGGUGAAGGUUCCAUCUGUCUCAGGAUCCUGUUCUCCUGAAUAAAGUAUGUGUACGUGUUCAGUAGUACAAGUUUGAACAACACCUCCGUGUGUGUGUAUAUGUGUGUGUGUGU